AUGAAACACUUAACUACCAUACAGGAAUUUCCCCAACGGAAGAGAAGAAAAGGUUUUUUGAAAGAGAUCAGCAGAAUCCAAGUAUCAGUGUUGUCGGCUGCACAAGUAGAUCCACACGACAAGAUGAGAUCAAGAGACGUGAACAAGGUGGCCAGUGGCGAACAAGCUCCUGCACCUAAUCAUGAAUACGGAACCGUCUCUCCACCUCCUCCUCCAUGUUGUGUAAAGGAGAAAGGCAAAAAUGCACUUGAAUGUGAGAAGCUUGAAAAGUUUUGUCGAUCAUUGUGUCCCAACGAAUGGGUGAGUGGUCUGCUUAGUGGAGGUUGUCAUAUAUAAUUCAAUACCAAAUGAUUGUGUCUUUUUGCAGAUUGAGCGGUGGAAGGAACACAGAGAGCUGGGAACCUUCCCGCCCCAAUUUAAGAUUACUCUUUCACUAUUAUAAUGUUUUAUCAUAUCUAUUUACUCGAC